ACAAAUGAAUUUCCGUCUCCCGUCACCGAACAAGAUGGCGUCGGCUUGUGUGUUGCAGUGGGCUCCCGACUCUUUGUACAACACAGCCAUUUCUGCGACCGUUGCCAACUACAGUGUGUUCAGGAAGGACAUUCAAAACCUGACGGAGAGUGUGCAGUUUGAUAUAUUCUACAAGCUUUAUAUGAAAGGAAAUUUAUAUACGCUCGGAACGGAUUUGGCAGAAAUUGAUAACUUUGCUAAAAUAUUAAAAGUCCUUGACAAAAGGUGUCUGCUGCACCAUUGUUUUCAAGCACUUAUCGACCACGGGGCCCAGGUGAACGAGAUCCUUGCCACUGAGUUUUGUAAGCGCUACCAACUUUCAGGCCAUCUGAAUGAGAACGAGAGGAACAAAGCCAUCCAACUUGGCACUGCACUCGCGAGUUUCUUCAAUGAAUCUGGUUGGUUUUUCAGCAGUGAGAGAGUUUACCACACAUGUCGGCUACUUUGUGACCAAGACAAAACCUACAGUGGACUAUGUAAAUUGUUAGAGUGUAAUGUCAGAUUACUUCAUGUACAGAAUUCCAGUUGUAAAUAUAGAGAAGCCAAUGAAACCUUCAAAGAAACCUUUAAGAUAUUGAAUAUCCUGAACCAGGCCAACAUAUCGGUGAAUAAGGCCAUGUUGUAUGGUGAAUGUUGUGGUUUAUUUUUUGCAGAAAGUCAGUAUGAUCAGGCGUAUAAAUAUUGCAAUCUAGCUGUUCAACAACUCACACCAGUUUUAUCACCGAGGACGAUAAUUGAUGUUCUCCGUCAAUGUGCCAAGGCUUGUGUAGUAAAAAGAGAAUUCAGAAAGGCUGGACAACUAAUCAAAAGUGCAGUUCAGUAUGCCAGUGAACAUUUUGGUCAGCGCCAUCCCAAAUAUGCUGAUACAUUGCAAGAUUAUGGUUUUUAUUUAUUAAAUGUUGACUCUGUAGCAGCUUCUGUAAAAGUCUAUCAGAUGGCGCUAGAUAUUCGUCUGUCUGUCUUUGGUGGGAACAAUUUUCACGUUGCUGUGGCACACGAGGACUUAGCAUACGCAUCAUAUGUCCAUGAAUACAGCUCAGGGAACUUCAAAGAUGCUCAACGUCAUGCUGAGAAGGCGAUCGAGAUUCUGUUGAAAAUCUUACCAAGCGACCAUCUCCUCUUAUCUUCAUCAAAGAGAGUUAAAGCUUUGAUUCUUGAGGAAAUAGCAAUUGACAAUGAGGAUAAAAGUGUGCGAGAGCCAUUGCUGUCCGAAGCCAAGGAAUUGCAUGUCCAGUCUCUCAACUUGGCCAUCAACGCAUUCGGAGAAAGCAACGUACAGACAGCCAAACAUUAUGGCAACUUGGGCCGUUUAUAUCAGUCAAUGCGAGAGUUCAAGCUUGCCGAAACUCACCAUUUGAAAGCUAUUGAGAUCAAAGAACGCCUGUUGGGACCAGAUGACUAUGAAGUUGCCCUCUCUGUAGGGCACCUUGCCUCUUUGUACAAUUAUGACAUGAAAUACCAUAUGGAAGCAGAGAGUCUCUACAAAAGAUCAAUUGAAAUUGGUAAAAAACUGUUUGGUGCUGGAUAUAGUGGACUUGAAUAUGACUACAAAGGCCUCUUACGUCUGUACCAAAGCCAGGGGGACAGAGAGAACAUGUUACACUACAGUCGGAUUUUACAGGAUUGGAAUCGCAUUCGUGAUCACACAAACGCUAUUGAAGUAAAACCGUUGGACUUCUCAUUGGACUUGUCAGUCCAGGACCUUCACAAAUACGUUUUCAACUCAUAAUGCAACAACACUCCAUGACUUUUAACAUUAUAGAUCAUCAGUACAUGCAACUGUGAACUUGUAAACAUCACACAAGUUGCAGUGUGAGUAUCUUGUGCAUAGAGAUGUGUGUCGGUGUAUAUAUGAUAUGUGUCUGGUGAAGAAAUAAAAAAAAAACAAGUUAUAUUGUGUAUGGUGAUAGUAUGUGUGUGAGUGUGUACAUAAAUACAUUAUAUAUAAGGAAUGGAGACAACGUUAUAGUAUGUGGCGAUCGUUUCCAUGAGAACGGUUAUUUAUUGUAUACUUAUAUGUUAAAUAGAUAGAUUCUUAUGUAAUAAUGCCGGAUAAAACCAAAUAUUCAUUUCAUUCAUUUUGUCAGAUGCCCUGUAGGACCUUUGGGUGACAAUCUAUGACAGAUGCCAUUCCAACAUGCGAAAGAAAGUAGUGUGCGAGAGAGACGGAGGUGUGACCAACAUAUUGACUGACUGGAGAAAUGGUUUAAUUCAAUAUUUGUCCCAACCGAUCGGUGUAUGAAAGAAUCGAAUGUGAGUGCGUGUGUGUGUGUGCGUAGACUAUGUAUAGAUACAGACAUCAUCAUCAUCUUUUAAUGUCCCUUUCUCCAUGCUGGCAUGAGUUGCACAGUCCAGCAUGAAGCGAUGAGCCGAGGCUGUGCCUGGCUCCACUGUCUGCUUUCACAUGGUUUCUACAGCUGGAUGCUCUUCCUAAUGCCAACCACUUUACAGAUGUACCAAAUGCUUUUUCUUUUCUUUUUUGUGGCACCAGCAAUAAUGAGAUUGCCAAAUAACAUGCAAGACAGGAACACUCCCACCCUCAACUGAGGGAUCUUGUGUGUGUACUAACAAUAUGCCUCGUUGAUCAGCCAAUUUGUGUGUGUGUAUCCUUAAGUCCUUAAAAAUGUUUUAGCCCGAAGGCCGCGGCCAUGCUGGGGCACCACCGCUUAUAUAUAUAUUGUAUGUUUCUUGUGUCUUUCUUUAAACCUAAUUUUAAUGUUAUUUCGUGGUGGUGGAUCUAUAAGUAUUAACAAGUGACUAGAAACUCUUACAGACACACAAAAUUUACUGCUUUGUCUUACUUCGAAGUCCCUAUAAGCUGUCGCUGUCUACUAGGUUUUUUUCUUCUACUCACUCAAACAUCAUAAAUAUUACAGUGACGGACUUGAUCAAUUCACUUUCAAUGUCCCAUAUAAGUGUCUCAAUUAACAAAUACACCGAUUAGUUGGAACCUUAUAAAUAUUGAAUUAAACCAUACCCCCUGUCAGUCAACCUGGUUAGACCUUCAUCUGUGUGUGCGUGUGUGUCUCUCUCUCAUGCUAUCUUCUGUUGUUGGGAUGACAUCUCUCAUGGAUGGAUUGUAACCUGAUGGCUCUACACAGCAGCUGACAAAAUAAAAUAGAUAUUUUACUUU